AUGCUCCCGCCGCUGCUGCCGGUGGUCGUGGGCGGCGGGAGACCGAGCGCCAGCGCCCAGGAGCCGGGCGGUACGGCGCGCUCCGACGGAUCGCUGCUGCGCUGCUCACGCUGCCACGCUGCGGCACUGCCGGCGCUGCGGCGGCGCCAUUGUGCGCUCGCGGUCCCGCGUCCGGCGAGUCACCGCGCUGCGGCGGUGGGGCCGGCGGCCACCGGCACGGGCGGCGCCGGUCUCCGCACGCCUCCGACUCCUCACACGGAGGAGGGCUGCCCCACGUGCAAGGCGUCGCUGCUCGUGGUGAAGGAGGCGGCCGAGGCGCUGUCGGCGGGGCCCGCGGAGCGCCGCGUGGCCGUGUGGAGGCACCGCGGGGGGAGCCCCGCCUUCGGCCUCGACGCCGAGUGGAAGUUCCCGAGCCUCGUCCUCUUCGCCGCUUCCACGCCCGUGAUGUACCAGGGCGCGUUCGUGGCGCAGGCCGUGGUGGACUGGGUGGAGGAGUCGCGGGGGGCGCGACUCGAGCGACUCCACGGGGCCAACUUCGAGAACUCGACUCGAAACCAGCAGAAGGGCGCGCCGGCCACGUGGCUCGUGAUGUUCUACGAGCCGUCAUGUGACGAGGUGCGGCCCUUGGUGCCCGUGAUGGGAGCCGUGGCGGCCAAGGCGCGCAGCGAGGCGCGGGUGGGGGUGGUGGACAUGGACUCGGAGACCACAGAGGGACUGGUCAAGCGCUUCGGGGUCAAGCGGGGCUGCUUCCCCACCAUCAUCCUGAUCAAGCAGGAGGAGGUGAAGCUAAAGUACCACAGGAGCGAGCGCAUCGUGGAGUCCGGCAGCAGCCUGGCCAAGGGAGUGAUGUACACGUUCAACCUGGAGAAGCACGAGGUGACCUUCGACUCGCUCAUGUUCUUCCUCACCGAGGGCUUCCAGGCCGAGGAGGGGGAGGAGGUGCCCCCCCCGUGGAGCCCCCUGGACGAGGUGAUUGACCAGAUAGCGUCCAAGUGCAAGAGUAUGUUCCUGGAGGACGGCGUGUGCGUGCUGGACGACAGCGAGGUCGAGCGGCUACAGUUCAAGGAGCCCGGCCGGCAGAAGUACCUCACCACCAACAUCCAGCCCCAGGGGGGGCGCGUGGUGGCCAUCGUGCUCGUGCUGGUGGCCAUGUUCGCCUGCCUGGGCCUCGCCUACGUCAAGCUCAAGUCGUGGGGGGUCCUGGGCUCCUGGAAACUCGAGUGAUG